AUGUGGGCGAUGACCAUGCUGGCAUUCAUCCUGGUGCCUCUGCGCCUGUACACGAGAAUCGUUGUCCUCAGAGCCCUGGGGCUGGAUGAUCAUGUGUACAAUCUUGGCUGGGUCUUCUUGCUGCUCUACACCGUGUUUCUCACCAUUGCCAAUCGGCACGGAUUCGGGCAGCCCAUCAGUACCUUGUCCAUGGAUGAGGCGGUACACACGGUUUACAUGGAGAUGAUCGGGCAGACGUUUGCCGUCCUGGGUAUGGCGAUCGCCAAGCUGUCUCUGGGUAUCUUCCUCCUCCGCAUUGUGGUUAAAACCUGGCAUCGAGUGUCGAUUUGGGCAUCAAUGGUCAGCCUGUCUAUUGUCUCGGUCCUGACGGCAGUGGUGUUCUGGAUCCAGCGGCUGCCAUCGAGGUCCAUUUAUGAUCCGCGUGUCCCCGGGCGGACUGUCGUCCACAUUGUUCCCUUUUCAGUAUUGCUUGGCUCAUGGUGUGCCGCGGUGGACUUUUACUUUGCGAUCCUGCCCUGGAUCUUCAUCUGGAAUCUGAACAUGAAGCAAAAGGAGAAGUUGAUCAUCGCCAUUAGCUUGAGUCUGGGCUUUAUUGCCGGUAUAUGCGGUGUUAUCCGGACGAUUGAUUUGGGCGGACUGUCAAGUGCCAACUAUACCGAGGACACUGUCGAUCUGAUCAUCUGGUCCGCCGUAGAACUCGCUGCGACGCUCAUCUGCGUCGGCAUCCCCACCGUUCGCCCCCUGUACCGCCAUAUCGUCCACGGGUCGCGGUUCAAAGAAUCCAACGAGGGCUACCGGAAACAGGACGAGAGUGGCGAAUCCAACCCAGGAGUUCGCAUGAAGCACCUGGGCAACCAGGCUCGAAAGGGCGAGAUCGCGACCACGACGUCGACCGUCUUGGGAAAUACGGUAUUUGAUGUGCCUCGCGGCGACACAUCAUUGUACGUUCAGCAUGUGAGGGAAGCAGACGAAGAGAUGCUCGUGGCUUCUCACCGAGAGCAAAAUCGGCCAGUGCAUCGCCUGAAUCAGAAAAUCAUGAAAAAUCAUGCCUAUCAGGAUGGCAACAAGCGAACGGCACUUCUGGCCGCUGAUAUGUUCCUAAAAAUUAAUGGAUACAGGCUUCAGAAGGUGCCAUUUGCGGAUGAUCCUUUCAAUAAAGCCCUAGCAGACGCCCAUGUCGCUGUUGUUACCAAUAAAUGGACUGUCGAGCAGCUGGGAAAUUUCUACCACACUGUUGACAAUGCCACUCCCGUGCACGCGUCCGCAGAGUCUCCUCAUCUCACCACCGCCACCAUUGCCUGGACCAUGAUGUCGCUUUGUCUGUCCGUGCUCCUCUCCGCCCUUGACUUAACGAUCGUUACUCCUGCAAUUCCCGCCAUAGCCGGCACGUUCAAGACCGCCGCCGGUUAUAUUUGGGUGGGGAGCGCUUAUACCCUGGCCUACGCAGCCAUUACUCCAGUAUGGGGCUCGGUCUCCGACAUCUGGGGCCGGAAACCCAUUAUGCUCAUCGCGGUCGCGGUCUUUCUUGUCGGCAGUCUUAUCUGCGCCCUUGCGCCGCAUAUGGAUGCUCUGAUCGUGGGACGUGCGAUUCAGGGAUUGGGCGGCUCCGGAAUGGGGAUAAUGGUCAACAUUGUUGUCAGUGAUAUGUUUUCGCUGCGAGAUCGGGGGUUGUAUCUCGCAAUCACUUCGCUUGUUUGGGCGGUUGGCAGUGCCAUAGGGCCGGUUCUGGGUGGCGUUUUUACGACGAGGCUGAGCUGGAGAUGGUGUUUUUGGAUUAACUUACCGGUCGGAGCCGUCUCCUUUCUUGUCUUGCUCUUCUUCAUGAGAGUCCCGAGUCCUCGAACACCCAUCGCCGCCGGUCUAAAAGUCAUCGACUGGACAGGCAGCCUUUUGAUUGUAGGGGGCUCUCUGAUGAUCCUCCUCGCCCUUGACUUUGGUGACGUCGUCUACUCCUGGUCCUCCGCAACGGUCAUCUGUCUGUUGGUUUUCGGAACAGCAGUGAUGGCGCUGUUCGUGGUGAACGAAUGGAAGAUCGCCAAGAACCCCAUUAUCCCUGUUUGGCUGUUCACCUCGCCGACAAAGAUAGCGCCUUACGUUGUCUUCGCGUGCAAUUCAUACGUGUUUAUUGGACAGGCAUAUUACCUGCCCUUAUAUGCGCAGUCCGUCCUUGCCGCAAGCGCGCUAACAUCAGGCCUCUACCUCCUCCCGCUAAUCGUCUCAUGUUCCCUGGCCGCAGCCGCAGCGGGGAUCUUCAUGCAGCAAACCGGGAAAUACCUCCCGGUGAUGUACAUUGCCCAGGGCUUUUUGGUACUCGGCUCCGGCCUGCUAAUUAGUCUCGACUUUGAAUCCAACAUAACCAAACUCAUCAUCUUCCAGAUCCUGGUCGGAAUCGGUGUGGGCAUGAACAUCGAAGCGCCGAUUCUUGCUGCUCAGGCUGCGACAAGUGUUCGGGAUACGGCGGCCGUCACUGCGACGAUGGGGUUUGUUCGGUCUCUCUCUACGGCUAUUUCGGUUGUUGUCGGGGGUGUGGUGUUUCAGAAUGAGAUGAAUGCGAAGAACGAGGGGUUAGCAAGCCAGCUGGGCUCAAACUCAACUCUAGCCCGCGAAUUCAAUGGCGACCUUGCCGCUUCGAGUGUGGAGGAGAUUAGCACCCUUGGACUAAAUGCAGAUCAAGAGGUCUUGGUUAGGAAGACGUACUUUGAGGCGUUGAGAAUGGUGUGGAUCAUGUGCAUCUAUGCUAACGCCCAUAAGCUUCGGAGUGAGAAUGAGGGCGCCGUGCUGGGGGCCGACCGGUCAUGGCAAAGCCCCGCUAAUGGGGUCGCAGAAUUGGAGUUGCGGAAUGAGCGAGGCGAUUAA